AGAAUUACAGAAAAUUCGAUUAACACUAUUUGCGGUCUGACAACAAAUCAAAAUGGCCGCCAUUAUGAAGAUGUAUACUCGGAACAUUGUUGGUCACUGCGUUAAUGCGUUACCAGCGACAUGCGACAAGUACACAACUGCAAUUUGCAACAACACCGUGAGCGCUAUUAAUUACAAUUUCAAAGAUGAGACCCCCAGCAAUGCAAACAACCGCGUUGCAGCAGAAUAAUGAGGUGCACAUCAAUACACAACGACAGCGUCAGCUACAGCAACAACAACUACAACCAACACAGCAUCAUCAGCUGCCAUUACAAUUGCGGCCACCGCAAUAUCAACAGCAACAACAACAACAACAGCUUCAGCUCCAGCUACAAUUACAACAACAACCACAGACCACUUCACUAACACUUCUCAACCAUUCGAGCUACGAUACAGCUGCCACGACAGCAUCACAACAAGCACGCAAAUACCGAUUUGAACAACACGACUUCACCGUUGAUAAGCCACUGAACUUUGUUGCAACCACAACAGCUGCAGCGACAACAGACGAAGUGACCAUAGCCGCACCAAAAUUGAAUGAGCGCCGAACUAGUGCAGCAUAUCCCGCGACCGUAAGAUUGCCAGUAGACGAUAAGACUAGGCAGAAGCAAUUUGUACAGCAGCAGCACUUCCACCACCAGCAGCAACCGCAACGCACCAGCCUUGAUUGCAUGCAAUUGCUGGACUUAAGCACUUCACCGCCGCAUGAACCCAUCUACCCGCUCCAAGGUAGCAUUUCUACAUACUUGCCGCAGCGACCUUUGGUCGACGUGCCACCGCCAUAUCGGCGCGCAUCAGCUGCCAGUGUUGCACCUGUGCAAACGCAUCGCGCGUCGUAUGCCAGCCAGUACUCGCGCUCCUCGUCAAGUGAAGACGGUUCUAUUGGUGGCAGCAACGCUGUACACUUUCCCAAAACUUAUUCGCGCGCUUGCAGCGCAUUCGAUGACGCAGCAGAGCAUUUUAUAAUCAACUUCCCAGCCGCAGAUUCACCUUUGCACAAUCAGAACGAUUGUGUUAUAAAUUUGCCGCUUUCCGAGACCGAGCCAUUGCUGACGAAUAUCGAAGCCACAGUUUCGGAUAAGCAACGUUCAAUACGUCUGCCCAAGAGUAGCGCUUCAUUGAUAUUCACAAAGAAGGAUUUGUUGGCGCAGCGCACGGCGUCUAUAGCGCCCUAUCACACAGCCAAUACGAAUAAUAAUUGUGCCACGCAGCAGCACCAGCAACAGCAAUCGGAGCAAGAAAAGCGUAAUCAACCGAAACAACAACAGCAGCAACAACAGCAACAGCUUCAUCAGAGCUUGAGCUUGCGCUCAGCAAACGAGUUCGCCACACGUAAGCCUGUCAAGCAUUUGCCUGCUUCGUAUCAGCAACAGCAGCCACAUCCACAACAACAGCAACAACAACGCCGCAGUCUGCAAUUGAAUUACAAUAAUAAUCUGGUAACCACAUCGACUUGUUGUAGUGCGAAUAAUAAUUACUGUAGAACCACAACGGGCAGAAGUGCAAGUGGCAGUGACGCCAGCAGUGUUGGCGGGUCGACUGGCGCUGGUUUGCAUAAACAUCAUCACGCCAGCGGCGGACAAAACUUGAAGGCAGCUACACCAGCGGCAACAACAACUGCCAACGUCAUUCCACAACAGCAUCAGCAUAAGAGUCAGCAGCAGCUGCAAUCAGGCCAAAACAAUACAAACACGGCUGCGGCAACACGCAAGCAACACGCGUACUCCUGGUACGCUCCAGUCUACAGUGCACUCGAGGAGGAACUGGAACAAGAUUCUAGGGAUUCCUCGCCAAUCCACAAUCUGGCCAACACAAAGAAACAACACCUCAACCACUACCAACACCAUCGGCCCACACACAAUUCUUCGACGGCGGUCGACAAUGAGACCGUUGCGCUCUUAGAGACGCGCAACCAAGUCAACAUACAGGCGCAGCUGCAUGCGCAAGCCAACAGUAACGCCCACCCGGGCAAAGACAUCAUUGUUGGUGGUGGUGGUGGUGUUGGAGGCGGCACCGUUCGCGCACAACAAAAACACAGUGGCCAAGCGGCGAGGCGUGCAAAUGGACAAGCGCCUUCAACAUUGCCGCUGGCGAACGCACACAAUGCCUUGCUUCAAAGUGAAAUGGCCGCCAGCGAAAGUGGCGGAGGGGGCGUUGGUCUAUCAAGUAAUACAGAACAUACAUCGGCCCCGGUGAAUGGGUAUGAAACAGAAGGUGGAUUGGUGAAUUCUUUGAGUGGCACCCUGCCGCCACGAAGACGCAUAGAAAAUUUUCUAAAAUCGUUGGUGGGACGUAAAUCGUCGUCCAGUGCGCGUAAUAGCGGUAACUCCGGUAAUGGUGGCAACGCGGAAGUCGUCGCAUCAGUGACUAUGACGAGUCGAAUAGAUAACGUCGUCUCGCAGCAACCAAUGCCUGCUUCACCAGAGAUAACGAUAACGGGAACUCCGUCAGAGCAAAAUUUAGUGCUUUUGCGCGAUACUUCGCUGCGCAGCGGUCAAUACAAGCAACCGUUGGCUGCGACGCAAGAGCAACGUAAAAGUGAAUGCGGCAGCGAUAAGUUAACGGCAAAUGGUGCGAUCCAGGGCAGCACUUCAUCGCUAAACGUAGUGCAACAAAAGCUUUGGAACAUGAUGCGGCGAGAGGGUAGCGCGGCCAGUUUGUAUAACGAGAAAUCACAUUCAAUAGUGCAGUACCGCGGCUUGCGCAAGUGUGAGACUGUAUUGGCAUUGACGCGUCAAACUAACUCGCUAUGUUCGCCUGUUUUUGGUGGCAGCGCGGCAGCACAUGUGGGUGCAAGUGGAAAACACGGCGGGGGAGGCAGUGGCGUUGCACGACACAAUAGCUGCAGCGCUGGAGGUGGUGCAGGAGGAGGCAGCAGUAGCGGCAUGCGACGCACACAUACUACAGGCAGUGGUAUCUUCAGUGCAAGUGGUGUCGAGCAAAUACGACCAUUGAAUCGGCUGCGCAAUAGCAUAACGAGCGUCAACGCACCAGCAACCUGUUCGCGCUGUUCUAGUCUGCUCUCCCUGGCCGCCUCCGGAUCACGUUACUCGCUCAAUGUGACAUCCAAUGGUGGUGGCGGUCUCUUCGUGCAAGCGCCCACCGUUCAAAUGCCAACAUCUGCCUCACAACAUCAACUGCAAGCGCUCGCAGCACACCUCGAUUGUAAACCACCACCGCACUCAUCACAGCAACAUCAACAGCAGCGCGAACGUAAAAUUAGUAAUGUAAGCAGUAGUCAGUUAAAUAAUAAUUGUAAUGUAUUAGUUAGUAAUCGCAAUGCUGAUCCAAACGCCGCAGAGCAGAUCGCCAGCGGCGGUGGCAACAGCAGUGGUAAUUGUUCCCGAAAGAGCUCCGCUGGUGCGCCGAGCACGCACAGUGCGAGCAGCAUCACACCGCCGUCCAAUAUGACCACGGCUACGCUCACCUCAAGCAUCACAUCGCCGCACGGCAGCACACCCACCACGCCCACAGCAACAGCAAUAGCAACAACAGCAAGUGUAGUCGCACCAGAAGCACUAGUAGUCACACCCACCGCCAACGUCCCGCACCUUCAGACAGCAAUGUCUUCAUACGAAAGCACUAGCAACAGUAACACCUCAGGCAUACUCGUCGAUCUGCCGUCAUCGCCGACAUCCGCCACCUCUUCAGCGAGUACACCAUGCACCUCCGCCUCCUGCUCAUCUGCCAAUACGCCCGCGCCCACCUAUGCGGUGCCUACGAUAUCGCAAACAUAUCCCUUCACCAUAACUUCGCUCCUGGCGAUGUCAAAGACGGCAAUGGCGCGUGAUGGGGGUCGGUAUAGCGGCAGUGGCGAACAAGAUGAUGAUAACGCUAUGACGAUAAGCAUGCCGUCCGCGUGUAAAGGUACGACGCGUACUGAUAUGUCCGUUAUGGAUGGCAGAGAUUUUGUGUCGUAUGUGGCAACACCAGCUCCAGUAGCAACACAGCCUACGAAGCAUUUUGAACCAUUCACUUGUAAGCUGUGUCUGGUAGAUGUGGAAGCGAAAGAAGAGGCAACAACAUUGCAGCAAUGUGGUUGUGAAUUUUGCACUGAGGUGAGUAAAAUAACUAGUUUUGCUAAAAAUAUGUUCACAUUGUUUCAGUAAUCAAUUAAAAAAGGA